AUGCUCCAGAGGAUGACCAUGGUCGAGCUGGUGGAUGUCAUGGAGGCCUUUGGCCAGCAGGGCUGCAAAGGCAAUGCAGUGGCACAGGCCAUUGCAGGGCGGUACCGCGCCAACGGUGGCCGCAUCUCCCGCCGGAACACCGCACGGGCCAUUCAAACGCUGGCGAUGCUGGAGGCCGACUCGGAGCUGCUGGAGCUUCUGAUUGGCGAGUUGGAGGGUUGGCAGGUCUCGGACCCCGACGGCUCGGAGCUGCGGCCGCGGCCGGCGGUGGGGGCGCUGUGGGCGCUCUGCGCCCUGCAGCAGGUGCCAAGGACGGCGCAGCUCAUUGAUUGGCUCCUCUCCUUCCUGUGCCGCGAAAGCGUGGUGUCGCUUGUCCUGGCUACCAAGUCCCAGGCCUUGCUUCUCUUCGAAAGCCUGUGUGCCGUACAGACGGAUGCUCCGGCCAUUGCUGCCAGGCACCUGGAAGCGCUCAGCGCGGUGCACUCUACGGUGGCUGAGCAGGUGCUCUUCGACGUGGGCGCGCCCCUGCGGGGCGCGGCAGAGCUGCUGGCGCUGCCCAGUUCGACGCAUCGUCAACUGCACACCGGCCAUGGAGAGGAGCCAGCGCUCGGAGCCCUUGAAGGCGAGCUGCCUUCCACCAUGCCAGGCCGCUCGAUGCUGGAUGAGCUAGCUGUGCACUGGGAGAUGCACCGGCACGGCAAGGAGCGACACCUCUCCAAGGCGAAGGAGCUGCUGGGCGCCGUACUGGCUGCCUUGAGCUGUGCGCCGGUGCUGCGGAAGGCGGCGCACCCCUUGGGCCCGGCGGCCGGAGAGGCCACCCGCGGCACCGGGGGCUUUGAGCUCCAGUGGCCCGUGGGCUGCUAUGACGUGGACUGGGGCCAUCCUUUCUUCCGCAUUGGCGUCCUUGUGCUGUCGCCCAAGGACUUCCUGCAAGACCCGGGCUCCACGGCCCUCCGCGCGGCCGCGCGCCUGCGCUUGCGCCAGCUGGAGGAGAGAGGCUGGCAGCUCACGCUGCUGCGCUCUUCUGAGGUGGAGUCUUCGUUGCUGCCAUGGCAGCAGGAUCCGCAGGUCUUCAACCAUCGGCUGCAGGCGCGUGUGGCGCGAGCCAACAAGAUGUAUCCGCUGGAGCAGAGGCAGCUUUUGAGGCAGCUGCAACAAAUCUCCAGCGAGGAGCGAGAGGAGGAGUGGCAGGGGCUACAGGAUUUGCUGGUGGAGCAGUUGCAGCGGCAGCUGGACUUUGUGUUUCCGGAUGCUCUGCUGGCAGGUAUGUCUCGGAUCCCUGCGCGCGCGGAGAAAGGGAGAGGAGUGCGCAGCUUGCAGUGA